CGCGCCUGUAGCAGCCCGGCAGCAGCAUGGCGGCGGUGGAGAUCCGUGUCUGCGAGACGGCCGGCUGCAGCAGUGAGGCCAAGCUGCAAUGCCCGACCUGCCUCAAGCUGGGUAUCCAGGGUUCCUACUUCUGCUCUCAGGAAUGCUUUAAGGGAAGCUGGGCCACUCACAAGUUAUUACACAAAAAAGCGAAAGAUGAGAAAGCUAAACGUGAAGUUUCCUCUUGGACCCUGGAAGGUGACGUGAACACAAAUCCCUGGUCUGGUUAUCGAUAUACUGGUAAACUCAGGCCACACUAUCCACUGACGCCAACAAGACCUGUGCCAAGUUACAUUCAGCGACCGGAUUAUGCUGAUCACCCACUAGGAAUGUCUGAAUCGGAACAGGCAUUAAAAGGAACCUCUCAAAUAAAAAUACUGUCAUCUGAAGAUAUAGAAGGAAUGCGAGUAGUGUGUAGGCUUGCUAGAGAAGUAUUGGAUGUUGCUGCCAUGAUGGUGAAGGCAGGUGUAACUACUGAAGAAAUUGAUCAUGCUGUCCAUUUAGCUUGUAUUGCAAGGAAUUGCUAUCCUUCUCCUCUGAAUUAUUAUAACUUCCCUAAGUCCUGUUGUACGUCAGUGAAUGAAGUGAUCUGUCAUGGAAUUCCUGACAGGAGGCCAUUGCAGGAGGGAGAUAUUGUUAAUGUGGAUAUUACUGUCUAUCGUAAUGGCUACCAUGGAGAUCUGAACGAGACAUUUUAUGUUGGAGAAGUUGAUGAGGGUGCAAGAAGGCUUGUCCAAACAACUUAUGAGUGCCUAAUGCAAGCUAUUGAUGCAGUAAAACCUGGUGUUCGGUACAGAGAGCUGGGAAACAUUAUUCAGAAACACGCUCAAGCAAAUGGAUUUUCAGUGGUUCGGAGCUACUGUGGACAUGGAAUCCAUAAACUUUUCCAUACGGCCCCUAACGUGCCACAUUAUGCCAAAAAUAAGGCAGUUGGAGUCAUGAAGCCAGGUCAUGUAUUUACAAUUGAACCAAUGAUCUGCGAAGGUGGUUGGCAGGAUGAAACAUGGCCUGAUGGUUGGACUGCAGUAACAAGAGAUGGAAAGCGAUCGGCCCAGUUUGAACACACACUUCUGGUCACCGAUACAGGCUGCGAGAUCUUGACCCGGCGGCUGGACAGCACUCGUCCCCAUUUCAUGACCCAGUGAUAGUUCAGACUGAGCAGGUGGAUCAGAAUGAUACAUAUAUGAUAUUUUUUUUGUCUCUGUACUAUGCAUUUUUUUUAAGAGUACAGAAUAAGGAGAUUUCAUUAUUUACUUUGUUCUCAGUGAUUGUAGAUAAGAGGAAUAUCUUGAAGAACCUGACCCACUGUCUGGAGAAGCAGAGAAGGAUUUAAAGAAUCUCCUGCUUUCCUCCUACCUACAACACUCACGCUAUAUCUUUCUUUUUUCUUCAGUUAUCUCUUUAGCACCUUUCUUCCAAGUAGAUCCACAAACGCUUCCAUUGCUGCCAUGAUAUUAGUUAGAAAAGUGUGGGUAAUCUUUCCCAUUGGGACUUGAUCUUCUGGCAUCCAGGUUUUUUUUACCACUUCCGUGUGCCCUGUCACUCUUGGAGUGGCACCUGAGAUCUUAAGCAUUUCUAGCUCCAAAGACUUGCUCCUGCCUCUGCAGAUUUUGUUCUAAUGGGCUGGGCCUUGUUUGUUUAUCAUUUGAAAAGGAGGGAGAAGGGAGAAAGAGAAACAUGUUGCCAAGAAUAGGCUCUCCUUACCUUUAAUCCUGUCCUCAUCUCUGCUGAUGCCUCUGUGGUGAUUGCGACUGUAGGUCACAAUUGUGUUAAUGGCAGGUCUUGUUUCUCUUGCUGGAGAUUUGAUAGUAUGGGCUUCCUACAGGGAAAAUUAGUAAAUUCUGUCUUAUAUGCAGCUCUCUGGACUAAGCUGAUUCUCAGCGAAGCAGCACUUGCAGGCAGUCUCCUGCCUCAAAGGCUUGGUGAAGCUAAUGUAGUAGGCUUGCCUAGAUGAAGGAAUGAGACAAGAACCAAAAAGACCCCUGUGUGUGUCAGCUGUGUGAGGCGUUUUUAAAAGCUACAUCCACAGAAGCUGUGAGGGGAUUGGAUUUGCAAGCGUUACAGUGAAAUGAGCAUCUGUUCUCAAAACAAAUCUGAGCGUGAGAAAAUGAAACAUCUUCAAUGCUGUAUUCAUUUUUUUUUGAUAGUUGUUGAACGGGUCAUAUUUUUCCCCCCAGUUAAAUGAGUUUUGUACUUUUGGAAGGUCUGAGGGGGGCAGCUACAAAAAUGGAUCUUUUUUUUUUCCUCCAACUGGGUAUAGAGUGAGCAAUAUUAGUAUAUAUACCACUGUAUUUUUUGUUAAUGGGUCACGAUGAGCUGAACACUGGCACGUUAAGGCGUGUGGAUUGAUUAAGCCUCUCUUUUUCUCUUUCUUUUCCUAUGCCCACUUCCUUUCCAUCAUCUUUGGUGUCUUUGCUGAGGGAAUUUAUUUUGUUUUCUUCUGAACUGUAAUGAAAAAUUUUUUCAGACCCCACUGCAGACUUUGCGUUACACCACUCUAAUGCAAGAAAUAGUUAAACCAAUGCAGACAUUAAACCAUACAAUGAGGGGCGUAAAAUA